AUGGUGACGGAAUGCAGUUUCGACCGUGCCGCCGCCCUCGACGGGCUUGCGGCGAACCUGGCCACUCUUCUCGAGUGGAGCCGACUGCAUCACAGCGAUGGCAUCGGUUUCUUCCUCAUUACGAAUUGCACUGUCUACAUAGACAACAUUGCGCCCACUGUUUGCUGCACCCAACACGAUGCGGUGCGCUGCGCGCGCUACGAGCUGAAGCUGCUCAAGACGCGUGCCUUUGCCGACUUGCUCGAGUUCGUCGCCGAUGACAGUCAGUCACCCACCGCCGAUGAUUUUGCGCAGGUCGGAACUGUCCACAAGACGGUCUCUGAGAGACAGGCUGCGAUUGUGGCCGAGAUCGUCGUCUCCCAGCGCGUCAUCAAGCGGAUCGACAACCUUGUCACCGAGGCGCUUCUCAAGGCCUUCUUUUCCGACGACGCACUGCGGGCCAUCUACCGCGAGAAGGCCGACAAGGUCAGUGGCGCUGGUGGCACUUCCGUUGCCCUUUUGGCUGCAAUCCGCUCCGACAUUGCUGGAGUUCGGCCGAAGCUCCAGAGGAUCGUCCUCGAGACUGUCGGCAUCAAGCCUUUUCUAGCUGCUGGUUUUGGCACUCAGAGUGGGCGGGUCCACUCCGAUUUUCGGCGGCGUUACCUCCGCCUCACCCGGGCCAACGAUUGGCUCGAGGACGAGCGGCUCAAUUCCACACAGCUUACUGCGCUCCUCCACAAGUUCCUCUCCGAGCUGACCAGUGCGUCUUUCCGAUCCGACGUCGACGCCGCGCUGAACGCCAUCGUCUGCGCGAUGCGCAGCGCCGUCAUCACGAACAUGGAUGAGGCCGCGGUUCUUGAGGGGGUCGGCAACGCCAAUGAGGAUGCCGACACCGCUGAUUCCGAGUGCCGGUCCCUGCUCAGCGCCAUCGUUGAGGUCUGCCGCCGGUGCGAUCGGGACGGCAUCACGCUUUGCGCUAAUGCCCGGGGCGCUGGCCCCGUCGCGCGCGCCGCCGCCGCCGCUAGCACUGGCCGUGGGGCCGACAAGGCCGGCGACGAUGACGAGGACCCCCGAGUUGCCAAGAUUGUCGAGCUGCUUACCGCUUCCUUCGCUUCUGCCCAACAACGGCGGACGCCGCGGGAGACUGCGGGCGCCGACACCACCGGCGGUGCUCCCCCGGCCCGACGCCCCGCGACGCGCGACUGCUCCAUCUGCCUACUCAAGGGUAAGGGCACCUUCCAGCACUAUUACGACGAGUGCCCUGUGCUCAAGGGGCUUACCCCGGAGGCCAUCACUGCUCUCAAAAAGGAGGCUCGCGCCGCGGGGCACGACUCCUGGUGGACUGAGAAGGAGGCCAAAAAGGAGGCGAGGAAGGCUGCCGACAAGGGCAAGGGCGGCAAGCAGGGCCGCUCCCGGGGCGGGGGCCGCGGGGGCCAGCCCGCCGAUCCUCCCAAGAGCACUGCCCUAGCGCUUUCCGAAACCAAGGAGCUCACUGACACCAUCCGUGGGCUGCUCGCGCUGACCCCCCCGCCGUCCCCGCCCUCUGGCGACAUGGACGCGCUCGACGAUGUCUCUGGGCCGACCGGUGCUCGCGUCGAGCGGGGACGGGGCUCUAUCUACAACGGGGUUGCCGACCAAUCGCUUGCCAACCCUGACAUGAGCAUCGCCGAGCUCCUCUUCACCUCGUUUGGGAGCCUUCUCCGGCGCCUCGCCCUGUGGUGCGCUGCCCUGCCGUGGCGCACUAUCUGUGUCGCCGCCUACGUUGCGCGCGCCCCUCGCCACGCCGCGCGCUGGCUCUGCAGCCGUUGCUGGGCUGCCCCUCCUCCUCCCCUCGUUGACCGCAAUGGAGAGUUCGCUGGCCGCCUCACCAAGCUCCUUUCCCCCGAGACCUUCUCCGAGCUGCGAGGCAAGGUCUUGGCCGGCGACACGGCUGCUCUACGCGCCGCCGGUGCCUGCGGCGGUGAUGCGCCUGUCCUUCUCCGCCCCGCCGACGUCGAGGAGGGCUCCGCCCUCUCUUUGCGCCUCUCCGCAAAUGCUGCUGCCUUCAUCCCUCUUGGAGUCGGGGAUGCUCGCGCUGUCGGGGGCCUUGCGCCUGGCGCUACGCUAGGCACCGCCUUCCAGGCCGCCUUCCCGGCCGCGUGGCUUGACGACCUAUGCACUGCCGAUCUCGCUGAGCUCCUACGGCUCACCGUCGCCCGUGAGCAUGGGCGCAUCCCGCUUACCUGCUCCCUGUUUCCCGUCGACUGCGCCGCUGCUGUUGACCGGCGUUGUCAGGUUGACAUCGCCUACGCUGCUGCUCGAGCCGACGGGGUCGAGGAUGCCCACGUCUGGCCUUGCGUCCGCCAGCGAUGGAUAGCAGCCUCGUCUGUCGAGCCUCGCCCCUACGAGACUGUCUACGAGUACAUCGAUGAUUGGGUCAUCUUCCACAUCGAUGGCUCCUACACUCUUAUUCCUCGUCACGGCGGCGGCGCCGACGGUGUCCACGAGGGCGGACGGCGCGACCGCGGGCGGGGGAGCGUCCACAACGGUCGUUUCGACCAGUCCGCCAGUGCCCCCGACAUGUCCAUCGCCGACCUCCCACUCGUCUCCACACCGGUUGAUGGCAGUUCGGAUGGUGGGGCCUUCUCGCCUGGCUGGAGCCCCGGAGACAUCGACGCUGACGGCCGCGUCAAGAUAUGGUCUCCUCACGGCCUCGCCAAGCGGAGCGAACCUCGCCCCCUCUUCACCGGCGUCCCGUGGGUGGGGCAGCCUCCCGGCCCUCCCAUACCUGCGAGCAACCGGCCACAUCAACAGCGCACACUGGCCUUUUCCGGACACCCUGCGCUCCAUGACCAUGACCCUUGGUACUACCGCGAGGACCAUGGCCGGGCCGAGUUCUUACGCUACUGGCUCCCUGCCGGUGGAGGGCUCCCAGAUGUCUUCGAGCGCCUUCUCGGGGGCGACCCUGAGGACAUCCCUGGACUCAUCUCACCUCCUCUCCGCUGGCUGGAACUGAUGGCGGAGCACGACGGCGGGCUGUACUUCCACGUGGACAAGAUUGGGGACGGCAUCGUUGCUUGCUGGUGCAAUGGCUUCGACGGGUCUACGCAUGGAUACGGCCACCACGGCCGCACCAUUGAGAUGCGCCAUG